AUGAAGUUCCUCGGUAGUGUCACUCUUCUGGCGUCGCUCGCCAGCGCUGCUUCCAUGAAGCGCGCAUCUCCCCUCAAUGUCCAGCUUGAGAUGGUUGGAAACAGUGCUGUCAAGGCCUCUGUCACCAACACUGGCGCCGACGCCCUUAAGGUCCUCAAGACGGGUACUAUUCUCGACAAGGCACCCGUUGAGAAGGUUCAGGUCUUUCAGGGCAGUGAGCAAGUUGGCUUCGAGGGCAUUCGUCUUCGCCUCACCACCACUGGUCUCGAGGAGGAAUCCUUCCAGAGCAUCGCCGCUGGCGAGACCGUUGAGGUCAACUUCGAUGCCGCCGAGCUCCACGAUCUGAGCAGCGGCGGUGACUUCGACUUCGUCGCCAACGGCGCUCUCUCCUACGCGCAGGCGGACAGCACCGAGAUUGCUGGUGCCGUUCCUUUCUCUAGCAACACCGUCACCGCCAAGGUCGAUGGUGCCCAGGCUCAGACUGCUCGCGCCGCUUUCAUCAACAAGCGCACUGCCGUUUCCAUGUGCUCUGGCACCCAGUUGACCCGGACCACCACCGCCGUCAGCAACUGCAGAGCUUUUGCAGCCAGGGCUUCGGCCGCUGCUCUGUCUAACACUGCCAAGGUCAACGAGUACUUCAAGUCCACCUCUGUUGGCAGCCAGGUCGCCGCGGUCUUCGCCAGGGUGAUCACGGAGUGCGGCACCACCACCGGCGGUGUCUCCGACACCUACUGCGAAGAUGUCUACGGUGCUUGCAGCAGCAACGUUUUGGCCUACACCCUGCCCUCGCAGAGCUACAUUGUCAACUGCCCUAUCUACUUCAGCGCGUUGAGCCCCAUCACGAGCACCUGCCACGGCCAGGACCAGGCCACCACCACCCUCCACGAGGUUACCCACUUGAGCCAGAUUGCCGGCACUGAUGACUUGGGAUACGGAUACGCUGCUGCGACUGCUCUAUCUUCCCGAAAUGCCUUGAACAACGCCGACUCCUACGCGCUGUUCGCCAACGCUAUCUACGUUGGCUGCUAA